UUCAAACUUUAGUUCCAGAGCCCUCCAAAGCAAAAAAUAUAUAUUAGCGAAUAUUAAAGCAUUUUCCUUAUAGAGAUAUAUAUAAAAAAUUAGAACAAAAAGGUUUUUCCUUUUCGCGACUCCGUCGUCCACCACCAACCUCCUCCGAUCCGGCCGCCGUAGCGUAGCCGAAUUGUCCCACUCCGGGACUCGCUCGGUCGACGAGAGGGUGUUUCCGGCGAGUGCUCUCGGCCGAUCUCCUCCGCGCGGCUGAGGAGAUCCCGCGGUCGCACGGGGGCUGGGGCGUGCAUGAUGGGAUUUUGGUUGAUUCCGAUGGAGACUCCGGCGAGGCUUCUGUGGAGCACCAGCUUCUUCCGCCACAAGAUCGCCGCCAUGCUCGCCUCCUCCUCCUGCUUCUUAUAGAUCCCACCCCUCACCGUCGUCGUCGGCAGCUAGCUCGCUAGCUUCUGUACAUACGUCGACGCCCAUAUAAAUAUUAUUAGUCUUCAUCGAUCCACUCCCGAUUAAGUAAUAAUUCGGGCAAAGAAUCUCCAAGCUUUUGCCUCGACGAUCUUUGCAUUGAUCCAUGGAGUCCGGACGGCUCAUCUUCAACGCGCCCGGCUCCGGCGCCGGGCAGAUGCUCUUCCUGGACUGCGGCGCAGCCGGUGGUCCCGGCGGCGGCGGCGGCGGCGGCUUGUUCCAUCGAGUGAUGAAGGCGGGAGACCGAUGCUUGGCCUUGAAGAAGGGCGCGGCGUAAAACGGCCCUUCUUCACCUCGCCCGACGAGCUCCUCGAGGAGGAGUACUACGACGAGCAGCUGCCGGAGAAGAAGCGCCGCCUCACACCGGAGCAGGUGCAUCUGCUGGAGAGGAGCUUCGAGGAGGAGAACAAGCUGGAGCCGGAGCGCAAGACGGAGCUGGCGCGCAAGCUGGGCCUGCAGCCUCGCCAGGUGGCCGUCUGGUUCCAGAACCGCCGCGCCCGGUGGAAGACCAAGCAGCUCGAGCGCGACUUCGACCGCCUCAAGGCCUCCUUCGACGCCCUCCGCGCGGACCACGACGUCAUCCUCCAGGACAACCACCGCCUCCGUUCACAGGUGGUGUCGUUGACCGAGAAGCUGCAAGAGAAGGAGGCGACGGAGGGCGGCGCCAGCGCUGCCACCGACGCCGCGGCAGCGUUGCCGGCGGUGGACGACGUCAAGGCUUCCUUGGCCGAUGACGUCGAGGAGCCAACAGAGCCGGCGGCGGAGGAGGAGGAGGCGGCGUUCGAGGUGCAACAGGUGAAGUCCGAGGACAGGCUGAGCACGGGCAGCGGCGGGAGCGCGGUGGUGGACACGGACGCUCUGUUGUACGGCGCCGGUUGCCGGUUCGCCGCGGCCGUUGAUAGCAGCGUGGAGUCCUACUUCCCCGGCGGCGAGGACCACCACUACCACGACUGCGGGAUGGGUCCAGUAAACCACGGCGCGGGAGGAGGGAUCCAGUCGGAUGACGACGGCGCCGGCAGCGACGAGGGAUGCAGCUACUACGCCGAAGAAGAAGCCGCCGCGUUCUUCGCCGGACACACCCACCACCACGCGGACGACGACGAGGACGCCGGCCAGAUCAGCUGGUGGAUGUGGAACUAGCAGACGACAAUCUUCCCGCGGGGAUCGACCGUCAAAUCAAAUCUUGUGCCAAACAAACAAUCGUGCCGUAAAUUUCUUUUCGCAACUUUGCUGUACGUAAGCCUGUAAUGGUGAAUUCCUAGCUAUUAUUAUGUUGUAUGGAGAAAGUGUAUGCAUGCAUGGUAGGGUAAAAUUGAGUAAUUAAUAUUGUUAAUCCCAAUCACUCGUGGCGUUGGAGAAGAUCAAUAGAGUUGUGGGAGAAAUAAGUGCAUAGAGGCAAGUACUCUUUUUAUGGCACAGUGCCUAUGUCAAAUCAAGUGUUACCAAUUGUAGUUUUAAAAUUUACUGUAUGCGUUUUCGCAUGAUUAAACUGUGA